GGCAGCGGACGAGGACCUGCCCGGCCGGCUGCCCGGUGCCCUGCCUCGCCCAGCAGCUCGGCCCGCCAGGAGGGAUGCGCCGUGCCGCCCUGCUCUCCUCCGCCCUGCCCAUGCCCUGAAGCAGAAAGUUUGGGGGCCGGGGGUUGUCGCCCUCGUCCCUCCUCCAAUGACUGCCCAAGGACUCCGGCUGCCCAGCCUCGACUGUGACCUGCCUUCGCCCCCCAGACCCCAGGCCUCAUUUCUGAGUGUAAGAGGGGGUGCGGUCUCCCCCAAGACGGUGCGCUGGAAGGACAGAUUCCCCUUGCCGACCCACAUACACCAUGAAGAGGUGUAAAUCGGACGAGCUGCAGCAACAACAGGGCGAGGAGGAUGGAGCUGGGCUGGAAGAUGCCGCUUGCCACCUGCCGGGCGCCGACCUCCGGCCUGGGGAGGCCACGGGUGCUAACUCUGCUGGCGGGCCAACUUCAGACUCCGGCGCGGCCGCGGCGCCCAACCCAGGUCCCCGAAGCAAGCCUCCUGAUUUAAAGAAAAUCCAGCAGCUCUCGGAGGGCUCCAUGUUUGGCCACGGCCUGAAGCACCUGUUCCACAGCCGCCGCCGGUCGCGGGAGAGGGAGCACCAGACGUCUCAGGACCCCCAGCAGCAGCAGCAGGGCAUGUCCGACCAUGACUCCCCGGACGAGAAGGAGCGCUCCCCGGAGAUGCACCGUGUGUCCUAUGCCAUGUCCCUGCACGAUCUGCCCGCCCGGCCCACCGCCUUCAACCGCGUGCUGCAGCAGAUCCGCUCCCGGCCCUCCAUCAAGCGGGGCGCCAGCCUGCACAGCAGCAGCGGGGGCAGCGGGGGCAGCAGCCGGCGCACCAAGAGCAGCUCCCUGGAGCCCCAGCGCGGCAGCCCCCACCUGCUGCGCAAGGCCCCCCAGGACAGCAGCCUGGCCGCCAUCCUGCACCAGCACCAGUGCCGUCCCCGCUCCUCCUCCACCACGGACACCGCCCUGCUGCUGGCCGAUGGCGGCAACGUGUACCUCCUGGCCGAGGAGGCCGAGGGCAUCGGAGACAAGGUCGACAAGGGGGACCUCGUGGCCCUGAGCCUCCCUUCCGGCCCCGGCCAUGGGGACACUGACGGCCCCAUCAGCCUGGACGUGCCGGACGGGGCACCAGAUCCCCAGCGGACCAAGGCCGCCAUUGACCACCUGCACCAGAAGAUCCUGAAGAUCACCGAGCAGAUCAAGAUCGAGCAGGAGGCGCGAGACGACAACGUGGCGGAGUACCUGAAGCUGGCCAACAACGCGGACAAGCAGCAGGUGUCGCGCAUCAAGCAGGUGUUCGAGAAGAAGAACCAGAAGUCGGCCCAGACCAUCGCCCAGCUGCACAAGAAGCUGGAGCACUACCGCCGGCGCCUGAAGGAGAUCGAGCAGAACGGGCCCUCGCGGCAGCCCAAGGACGUGCUGCGGGACAUGCAGCAGGGGCUCAAGGACGUGGGCGCCAACGUGCGCGCAGGCAUCAGUGGCUUUGGGGGCGGCGUGGUGGAGGGCGUCAAGGGCAGCCUCUCGGGCCUCUCGCAGGCCACCCACACCGCCGUGGUGUCCAAGCCCCGCGAGUUUGCCAGCCUGAUCCGCAACAAGUUUGGCAGUGCCGACAACAUCGCCCACUUGAAGGACCCCCUGGAAGAUGGGCCCCCCGAGGAGGCAGCCCGGGCGCUGAGUGGCAGCGCCACACUCGUGUCCAGCCCCAAGUACGGCAGCGACGACGAGUGCUCCAGUGCCAGCGCCAGCUCGGCCGGGGCGGGCAGCAACUCCGGGGCUGGGCCUGGUGGAGCACUGGGGAGCCCCAAGUCCAACACGCUGUAUGGCGCCCCUGGAAACCUGGACACUCUGCUGGAGGAGCUGCGGGAGAUCAAGGAGGGACAGUCACACCUGGAGGACUCCUUGGAGGACCUGAAGACUCAGCUGCAGAGGGACUACACCUACAUGACCCAGUGCCUGCAAGAGGAGCGCUACAGGUACGAGCGGCUGGAGGAGCAGCUCAAUGACCUCACUGAGCUUCACCAGAAUGAGAUGACAAACCUGAAGCAGGAGCUGGCCAGCAUGGAGGAGAAGGUGGCCUACCAGUCCUACGAGAGGGCUCGGGACAUCCAGGAGGCCGUGGAGUCCUGCCUGACCCGGGUCACCAAGCUGGAGCUGCAGCAGCAGCAGCAGCAGGUGGUGCAGCUGGAGGGCGUGGAGAACGCCAACGCGCGGGCACUGCUGGGCAAGUUCAUCAACGUGAUCCUGGCGCUCAUGGCCGUGCUGCUGGUGUUCGUGUCCACCAUCGCCAACUUCAUCACACCUCUCAUGAAGACGCGCCUGCGCAGCACCAGCACCGCCCUCCUGGUCCUCGUCCUGUUCCUCCUCUGGAAGCACUGGGACUCCCUCACCUACCUCCUGGAGCACGCGUUGCUGCCCAGCUGAGUGGCCAGCCCGCCCCUCCCCUGUGCUCUCCGGUCCCCAGCUGGCCACCUUCUCCAGGAGGGACCCCGGGACUUCUUCGUGUUUCCGGUUUGGCCUCCUGCCCAGACUGUCCAUUCCAGCAGCUCCUGCCCCCUUGUCUGUACUUGCUUCUGUCUGACACCUUCUCCCCGUCGGCCCCAAGGCAGUUUGGAGCCCUGGCUGGAGACGGCAGAGGACACCGGGAUUGGGCUGUUUUGAUUAUUUAUAGUCACACGGGGACUUUUCCCAGCUGACCUGGGGGUGCCCCGGGUCAGGAAGGCCACUAAGAAUAGGAGGAGAGGGCCCUGCCUCAACUUCUCUAGGGAAGAGUCCACCCUGGAGAAGCCACCGUUCCCCCUGGUGGAGAAGGUCGGGAUGAAGGCAGGGAAGGAGGCUCUGCUGGCCCCAGAGGGUACCGGGAAGGGAGGGGUCCCUCGGCUUCAGGUGCCCCCAAGGCCAGAGAGCCAGCUCAGAGCAGCUCCACUCCCCACCCCUCUUCCCUCUAGAGCUGGUUUGAGGCGGCUUCUGGGCCGCCUGUGAUUUGAAGGAUGCUGGCUCUGGAGGUCAGGUGCGAUGUGGCUUUGGACUUGUGUUUUCCCUGAUGUUCCUUCUGCCUGUCACUGGAUCUGCUAUUUUCAGGGAAACAGGCCCCAGGGGCCCUGAGCCUCAGCCUAAGCCCUUAGGCCCCUGGGAGCGUGUUGGGUUUUAUUUAUUUAUUUAUUUGUCCCUUGCCCCCUAUCCCCAUCCUCCCCCCUGAGCUCCAGGGAGAGGUCCACCCUUCCUCUCUCUGCAGUCAGGGCUGACUCCUGUCUCCUCGGGCACUUCCAUACCAUUUAGCCUCUAGAUACUCCUGGCUGGGAGGAGUGGGACCAAGCCACCCAGCCCCCUUCUCCCGAAGCAGCCCCUAGCCGGGAUGGGGAGGAACGUGGCCUCUCUUUUAUACAUCUAUUUAUUUUGUAAGUGUGUAUUUGUGUGGAGGAGGUUGUUUGUUGCUUUAUUUUUUUUAAGGCUCUGGAGUGUCGUGUAUGGUUUCUUUUCACCUCCCAGCCUCCCCAUGGGCACUUCCGAGAAGAGAGGGGAUUUCUCCGCAGAGGAGAGGAGGGUCCCCUGGAACAGGGAACGCAGUGCCUGCCAGCUGUCAUGCACCCCCAGAAAUAAAUAUCCUCUAAAUUUUCAAACCA